AUGAAUGACGACGAAGAUUGUGAGGACGACGACGAAAGGGGAGUGGACGUCGACAACGAAAGAAGAAGAAUGGGAGGAGGAGUGGGAAUGUUUUCUCGCUUGGCAGUAACUAGCCGAGGUGUGACUGACGUAGAAAUUUUACGGAAGCAGGGUCCGAGUCUCGUUUCGUGCAGGGUUCGGAUCCAAGGAACCGGGGACGGAGGAAACGAUCUUUGCGGUGCACUCGAAGUACUUCCAACCCAUCUGUGA